CUCAAAUUCUGUAUUAAUAUUGUUAAGUAUUUGUUGUUUUAGUCCCGAGAGUUUUUUAUUUAUCGAAAUGACCAAUAACGAGGCUAGCAGUUCUGCCGGACGUAAAGAAAUUCCAAAUGAGUUAAAUUUAGAAAUUAAGGACAAAGUUCGCGUUCUCUGUUUGCAUGGUUAUCGUCAAAACGGCGAAACAUUCAAAAGUAAACUUGGUUCAUUUCGGAAGUUUGUUGGCAAAUACGCGGAAUUUGUAUUUAUUGAUGCGCCUCAUAAAGCGAAGCCUUUACAAGAAGAUUCAGAAGAAUUGUCAGACCAGUUAAGCUGGUGGUUUAAUAAAGAUGACGGCUCUUUUAAAGGUACUAAUAAGAAUGGGCCAGCUUUCGGCUUUCAAGUAAGCUUAAAAGUCGUGGAGAAGGCAUGGAAAACUCGAGGACCUUUUCAAGGUUUGCUAGGCUUUUCGCAAGGGGCCUGUUUAGUAGGCCUGAUUUGCGGUUUGGCAAAACGAAAAUUAACUUCAAUUAAACCUGAAUUUGCUAUACUUUCUUCCGGUUUUGUUUCGGGUAGUUUAGUGCAUAAAAGCAUUUAUGAAGAGUCUAUUGUUAUACCCACCUUACAUGUUUAUGGUUUAAGUGAUGAAAUCAUACCAAAAGAAAUGAGUAAAGAGUUAACGAAUAAUUUCAAAAAUGUUGAGAUUCUUGAACAUAACGGUGGACACUACUUUGCAGCCACGGCGCAACAAAAACAAACUUAUAUUAAUUUCUUCCAAGAUCGUCUACAGGAAUAUUUAGAAAACAUGGAAUUGCAACAGACCUCAAAUACAGUAUUUUCGGACGAACAAGAUGAGGCGAAUGCCAUCAGCUCUGGUUCUCAGACUAGCGGUAAUGAGAGCGAAUAAUUACUAUAUUGAAUAUUUUAUUGACGAAAAGAACAAAUU